UUGAUAUCUUUUGUAAAAAACUCUUGACGUUUCAUGCAAGCGGCUCACUGACAUUUUGUUUUUCUUCCUUCAUGCGAAGUUCUUCAUUAUUUAUUUCGCUCAAAACUAUUUUACUGUGAUCAUGUCUAAUGAUUACGGAUUUAACAGUGAUGAUUCUCCAAACAAAAUUAAUUCUCAUCUACAGUUGCCAAGCCCAAUUAUAACGCGGCGAAACCGAACAGCUUCUACGUCAGAAAGGGCAUUAGGUAAUCCAAUAGAAAGUGGGAAAAUUAAAUCCUUCUGUCGGGAAAAAGGUCAUGGAUUUGUUACCCCGGAAAAAGGCGGCGAAGAUAUAUUUUUACACAUUUCUGAUAUUGAAGGGGAAUAUGUGCCACUGCCCGGUGAUGAAGUAAUAUACAGACUCUGUCCGAUCCCUCCCAAGUUUGAGAAGAACCAAGCCGUUCAUGUCCGCAUUGUCCACCUGACUCCAGAGAAGCACCUCAAGUGGGACGAGCCCCCGUUGUAAUGUAACUUGUCACUUCGGCCUGUACUUUACCAUCCCAACCAUUAGCAAGGUCCUCUUGCCUCCCCAUCUUUGUCCUUGUGUCAUAUCUAUAGUCUUACUCAUUCUCUAUUCAUAUUAAUGUGUGUCAUGCCACUUGUCUUUAAUUUUUAGCAUUGUGUUAGUAUGUAUUAUUGUGCCGUAUGAUGGUCAACUGAAUCAAGUGCAACUUUGUCAAUUGUACAUGUCUAAAUCAAUCAAAUCACAUGAAAUCAAGAACUAUGUGAGGAACUGCUCAUUUUUUUUAAUCAUUACCAUGUAAUGACCAAGUUUAGCAUUCGCAUAUGUAUAUUAAUUGCAAAAUAAAUCCAGUAUUUUAAAAUAUAGUGAGAAGCCAAUUUGUGGUGCUAAAUUUUCGAAGGUUUUACCAUCGUCUUAAGAUUUUGAUAUCAGAUGUAUUCACACAGUGAAUGGCUGGCUUCUUGCACCGACAUAGCCUUACAGUUUCAUAUUAUAUAGUCGGAAGUGUGGAAACAUUCAUCAUCGACAUAAUUGGCCUAAUUUGAGUACCACCCGUAUUUCCUGUACUUAAGAGUUAUUUGUAUCAACUAUUUUAAUUAUGAUAGGGUGUAAUUUUGCACAAAUACGAAGUGCCACUGGUUAGUGAUGUGUGCGAACAAUUUAUAAGAAUGUUAUUUUGAUCACAGAGUUCAAAAUUGCAUAAUAAUCUCUAUAAUAUUUUUUUUCUUUUAAUCCUUGUUUUUAUUCUAUUGUAUUAAGUGCAAGUAUAAUCUCAAGUUACGAACUAGCAUUCCACAGCUCAAGCAUUUUCUGUAGGUAUGCAAUGUACUGUAAAACAAUUAGUUAUUAUUGAAUUUAUAUUUUGAUAUUGUUUUGUCCUCUUUGUUGCAGAAAGUAUUUAAAUGAUGUAAUCAAUACGUUCGCCUUGCUUUUCGUUUAGUUUAUAGCAGUAUUAGGUAAUACAGCGAAUAUAUGGAAUAUGUGUAAGCA